AUGCAGUCAGAAUACAAAGAAAAACAAGAAGACGCUAAAGGUAAGCUUCAAAGCGAUAUUCAAUGUACAUUUUGCUAAUUUAGUGAGCAAAGAACAUUUCUCCAUACAACGUCUUAUAAUUUUCUUGUUGUAUGAAUAAUUAAUUGGCUAAGUAGGAAAUGUUGUUCAGGGCUCUCAUAGUGAGCUUGGGCUACCUGUGAUAAUAUAUGUACAGUAUCAAAUGAGAAACAUUUGGGGAAACAAGGUUUUAAGAAGUUAUAUUUACAAGACAAAGUGAAUUGUCUUUUCUAUGUGCAAUAAAAUGUAAUUAUGUGUGUAUUUAGAUCCUUGCCCUUAUUGCUAUUGUCACAUGAAAAGUCUAAGUAUAGCCCUAGAAACCAAGGUAUCUGCCAAGUAUAGUUGACCCAAGAAUUCUGAUGUCUAUAUUUGGGUUUAAGGUAAUAUAAGGGUCAAAAGUUACAAGAGAACAUUUUAUUGAAAAUUAUUUCAGGUUUGAGAUUGGUCGGAGGAUCCACGAGCUCAGAAGGAAGAGUUGAAGUGUUUCAUAAUAACAUCUGGGGAACAGUUUGUGAUGACUCCUGGGAUAUAAAUGACGCACGCGUCAUUUGCCGUCAGUUGGGGUAUCGUGACGCUAUUAGCUCUCCAGGGUCUGCUCGAUUUGGGGCUGGAAGGGGUAAAAUAUGGUUGGAUAAUGUAAAUUGUCAAGGCGACGAAGCUUCAAUUGUCUAUUGUGGGCAUAGUGGAUGGGGCAACAAUGACUGUGGUCACUAUGAAGAUGCCUCAGUAGUAUGUCAUGGACUACGCUCCGUAGGUAAGCUAAAACAAUCCACUUUUUGCCUCUAGGUGACAUUCUCAUUAAAUAGAUAAAUAAAUAAAUAAUUAAAUCAUCGGGAGAAAUGGUCGGACAAAUAUGCAUAUCAAUGAGCCAUUGAGGCGCGCGAAAUUUAAAGACAUCAGAGCACUUGUGGCUUGCGUUUGCUACUCCGACAAAAUUGUUUUCAAGAUAUCUGAUUCACGCUUAACUGCACAGUUAUACAGUUUCGGUUAUGUUAUAGGCUUAUCUAGGUUCAGAUUGGUUAUUGGCGGUUUCAUCUGCGCGAAUAUCACCAUUUUCGACUCUGUUUUCGACUGAAAAUUUACAUAGAGCCUCCAAUUCUCUUUAUAGAGCGCGACACAAUUUCUUGCUAUCGUUGUCUAUAUUAAACGUCCCUCUUUUUUUUACUUCAAUCUCUUUAUUGCGCGUCCGACGGGUGUAUUCAGGAGACUAACUUCCGAUGCGAAUGGGCCGAUUCUAAACUUCGCACUGAUCACUCUAGUUGUGCGUUAUCUUCGCUCUCAUGUAAUUUAUUAAAGGCAAACUUUUUUGGCUCCACUUUUUCUCUACCGCCGUCUUACUCAUAGAGUAAUCAGUUAGAGCUAACGAAACUAAAAUUUUCGACUGAUCUUUAAGUCAGUUAUCUGUAAGGAAUAAUUAAAAUGCGUAAAGGUGUGAUCUGGCCUCACAAAAGGGAAAACAAUAGAGAGAUUGGGCUAUUGUUAGUUUCACCCGCCUAAUCCACGAUGAAGAGUACUGCCGCGCGUUCAUGUUAACCAAUGAAAAAGACUCAUGUUCAGCAUUUUAGAAUAACAAUAAGCGAUAUAAUUAUCACAGACCUAGAAGCUUUCCCUGACAGUAAGUAAAUGUCCCGAGAACAAUGGCCAUUUCUCUCUGUAAAGGUGAGCCUCUUGUGCGAUUUAGUUAUCUGAAUUUAAAGUUUUUGACAAGGGAGUGAGUCAGAUGACUAAAAGGUUCUAUAAUUCUAAGAAGAGUUAAUGGUUUAAACCUAUAAAAUUGGAAAGAUAAAGGAUCAAUACAACUAAUUGUUAGCGGAUUUCAAGCUUUGAAAGUAAUUAUUUUGGCCUUAGCAAACAGUUACUGUUUGACAAAAUUCGCAAUGCUGCACUGUACGGCUGUAGGUCCGUAUGAGGUGCAAAAACUGCCUCUGGUCAAUUUCUAUUUUGUGGUCCAAAAACAACAGAAAAACCUUAGAGAGUGGCUCUUAAUUUUAACUAUUUAUGUUCUAACAUGUUUAUCAACACACAGGACUGGUUUUAGAAUUCAUAACAGGUAUUAAUAAAUGUCCUCCAAAAAGGCAUUACUGCAAUUUUCAAUUCAAAUGGCACAUAAUAGGUCAUAAUAUGCGGUGGGAAUUAAUAUACAAUUCCAUCUUUAUCUUGGAACAUAUGUGCAGCAUCAAAUGAGAAACAUUCGGGGAAACAACGUUUUAAGAAGAUAUAAUUACAAGACAAAGUGAAUUGUCUUUUCUACGUGCAAUAGAAUGUAAUUAUGUGAAUAUUUAGAUCUAUUGCUAUUGUUACAUGAAAAGGCUAAGUAUAGCCCCAGAAACCAAGGCAUCUGCUAAGUAUAGUUGCCCCAAGCAAUGUGAUGUUAAUGUAUGGGUUUAAGGUAAUAUAAGAGUCAAAAGUUACAAGAGACCAUUUUAUUGAAAAUUUUUUCAGCUUUGAGAUUGGUGGGACGAUCCACGUGCUCGGAAGGGAGAGUUGAAGUAUUUCAUAACAACAUCUGGGGAACAGUUUGUGAUGACUCCUGGGAUAUAAAUGACGCACGCGUCAUUUGCCGUCAGUUGGGGUAUCGUGACGCUAUUAGCUCUCCAAGGUAUGCCCGAUUUGGGGCUGGAAGGGGUCAAAUUUGGUUGGAUGAUGUAAAUUGUCAAGGCAACGAAACUUCAAUUGUCUAUUGUGGGCAUAGUGGAUGGGGCAACAAUGACUGUCGUCACUAUGAAGAUGCCUCAGUGGUAUGUUAUAGACUACACCCUGGAGGUAAGAGUGCUGAGCAUGUAUUCUUUGUAAGACAACCUAAAAUAAUCCACUCUUUGCCCUUAGGCGGCAUUCUCAUUAAAGAGAUAAAUAAAUAAAUAAGUAAAUAAAUAAAUUUAUUAAAAUGUUUAAUCAGUAAUAGAAGUAACAGAUAUUAGUAAUUAUGAUAAUAAUAAAAAUAAUAAUAAUUUUUAAUUAAAAAUAAAUGAUAAAAACUUUAUUCAACUUAAAAAUAUAUAUAUAAUUAUAAAAGUAAAUUAUAAUUAUCAUAAAAAUGUCCCAGAAUCUUUUGAGGUAUUUUUUUUUUAUAGCGGGGCUCCAUACUCAUAGAAUAUGGUCAACCUCUUUUCGUUUGGUUGUCACGUGAUUGACCAAGCGUACGUACGCGUCUACAGAUUGUACGGGUGGAGUAGGGGAGACUCUCAAAAAGACAUUCACAAUAUGGUUAAUUGACAGAUGUCACAACAGGAUAGCCACUGACCAUUAUCACAUGACCAUAUCGCGGGCUUAUGUGUCAACUCAUCGAGGUGACGUGAUUUGUUUUGAACCUGUCCGCUGACCAUUUAACUGUUUUACUAGCUCGCGAUCAAUGUUCAAUCUCAUACUUUCUAGCUAGUUUGGGAGCACAGGGAAACUGAUAAUGCACACAUAUUAGACAUCAAUUAUUUAUUAAUUUUUCAAAUUCAUAUGAACUAUGUUGUGUUUAUGUGCGGCAUUUUCAUUUCAAACUGACCCCGGAAGCGAAAAUUCAGCCAGCUAUUACAGGCAGGAAAGACAAUUGCUUUUCACUUUGCUAACCAUAGUCACCCGUUGGUCACGCUCUACGUCCAAUUUGUAUGCUCUGAUUGGUCAAAAUUUGACAGGUGAGUUCAUGCGGAAAAUUUAUGCAGCAUCUUGAAUCUUGUUUACUUUGACAGCUGAAGCUGACAGAGUUUUGUGUCAACUUGUGAUGUCUUUAACUGUCUUUUUCCACUGGAUGCACAAAUGGGAUUCAGCUGCUAUCCAGAGUCUUCUGUUAUUCAUCGAUAGUUUGUUUAUUGGGUUUUGGUUGAGAAAUUCGUCACUUGUCAAAGUCGGAAAUCCGAUUUCGGAUGGCAUCGUUUUCGCUUUUCACCUUGCUUGGUGCGUAAGAGGGUUGAAAAGUCUGAAGCGAUACUGGCCUUACUUUAUACCCUUCGGGAGCAGCAUCUAGAAUGGUAAGCCUGAGUAAUUAUUGUAUUUGAUGUUUGUUUUUAUAGCUAACUUAAUGAAGUCGAGCGUAGUUUGUGCGGCUAUUUAGUUUAUGCACGUUUGUAAGAUUUGAGCCAAUGAUCUGACCAAGUAUCAGGUUUGAUAUAAGCUUAUAUACAGAACUUUAAAAAUCCUUAAGACAUUUUCUCACCUCAAAUAGAAAGAAAACGUUCCAAAGAGUAUUUAGUUACAAUUCUGGCUGUAAAAGAAAGCUUUGAGCGAAUUCUUGCCUCUAGUUCAUCUUUGAAAAAAGCAAACACCUGGAAGCGCGCUUAAAACAUGAACUUAAGCUUUAAGCUUGAAGACUCAAGAUUUUUAGAGACACUUUAAAUACUUGUCUUCGUGAAUAAAAACUGUUGUCUCUGUAUAUGUUUCACCGAAUUAUAUGUCUUUUAUUAAUUGCUAGUAGUCUUUCUUGUAAUUUUAAUCUCUGCAGUGCCGAUUGUUUUCAGUCGUUCAGUGAACAUCGCUUGCAGGAGUACUCAAAAUGCCGAGCGUAUCAAACGCUUUUGAAGAUUGCACGUCAAUAAAAUCAUUAAAUAAAAAAGAAACAUAAUAAAUUCUUUAUUAUGUUGGAGGGUAACUCUAUUUAUGUUUGUUCAGCACUCUACCACAGCUCGCACUGCAAAAGUGAGAACCGGCUGGCCUUAUAGGUGAUUUUGGAAUUUUUUUUAACGGUUUAGCUAAAAGCCCACGCGUGCUUCGAUCGUCCUGAAUAUUGAAUGAGUGCAAUUUGUUUUGCAAAAUUGUGAAAUACUGCAUUCUGUCCGAGGUCUGUAUGAUAAACACAGUGCCUCAUAGUGCUGUUACACCUCAGAUGUGAUGUAUAAAUGUUAUAGAAGGUUGUUUUACUUGCACCCAGGUUUGUUGGCAAGAUUUUGUAAAGAAAACUUGUCAAACUUCCAGGCCUAAUUAAUCUAGUACGGUGAUCAAGAGUCAUUAUGGCUCUUAAAUGUGAUCGAAGAUGAUUGCCAUUUUUUGGAGGUACAUAUGAGGCUAUCAACUCGAUGUAACAUUUAGUUUACUCUUGGGUUGUUUGCAAAUUAUUUUUCUUUAAAAUCACUUAGCCUUUCCCUCAAAAGUCACAUGCUUCGCUGUUAGCCCUGGCUAAAUCUAUGUAUUAACCUUGACAAUUUUACACGUAGAAGACUGACAGACCACAACAAGAUAAUAUCUCCAAUAUUACGCACUACAGUUGCAAAGAUUGUGAAAACUAAAUUUCACUGUAAUUUUGCAGGGGAAUCUUUGUGGGGAUUUAAAGCAAAAUUUCUCCAUAGGCUUCAUUCUGUUUCUGUGCAAUACAACCUUCAGAUUUAUCAGCGCAGUGAAGUAGAAUUUGUUGUUGUUUGCCACACGAGAUUAUUCGAAUGCCAUUUUCUACUAGAACUUAAGAAAUAGUCAGAACCUUCUUGGGUCAGGGUUCUGUGACAAAAAAAAAUAUUUACCGUCUUAGUGUAUAUUGAACAAUGCAAAAUCGCUAAAUUGGGCAACUGAAAUCUUUUAUUUUACUAACAAGCUAAACGCCAACGUACACAAAAAAAACCUUGCUAUCGCCAUGAUGAGGUCGUCAAUUCAGAAGUUAAAAAACGUUGAAGGUUCAUAAAAGUUCACUCUAAAAUUUACAUGCACAAACAAAAUUUAUAAAACCAUCACAAAUUUUUGUUGUAGCCGUUUAUUAUUAUUUGGUUUUGACUGGCAAGAUAAGACGCGACCUUCAACCUUUAAUACUUGAUAGGCUAUGCUGACACUACAUAAACAUGAAAGGCGAAAAAAACACCUUAACCUAUAAGACUAACUAUAAAAUAUCACCUGAAUAUUUUCUGUACCUCGCAUAGAAAUACGCCAAAUAUCAAAUAGAAAUAAAUAUAUAAAUAUGUAAAGCAAUAAAUCCGAACCUACCUCCAGCUAGAGGGCGUCAUUAUUCUUGCCCUAGUCUGACAGCGUGUCGAGAGCGGAAAGGCCUAUUAGUUCCAGUCCUACUCAGCAUCACAGCUGAACCAGAGGGCGGCGCAUAUGAGCGUUUCAACGCCCUAGCUCCUUACGCCCUGGUUCGGCACCAUGAUAUCCGACGUCUGAAUCAACUGCCGUAUUUAAUUAUUUUCAUCGACUAAAAUAGGUGUUUGACACUCAUAAGAAAUUCCACGUUUGAAAGAGGCCUAACACGAAAUAAGUUUCAGCUUAGUGGUUUGCAGUCUGUUAUUAUGUUGUUGUUGUUGUUGUUGUUUUUUUUUUUUCAGUAAGAGCAAUUCCUGUCUCUUUGUAAAUCCAUUUUAUUAAUCGGCUUGUGCCACGACUUAAGAAUUAGCUGUAAUAGUUGCUUUUACGUUCUCUUCGACUUGAUUUGUAUAUCACUGGACAUGAUUUGUAUUAUAUUUAAAAAAGACCAAUCGAUUUUCAUCCACUCAUUUCAAUAAAAGCACAUGGCAUCACCUCUCAAUAUAACGGACAACCUCGAACCUUGGCUUAAUUCGUCGUAUAAAUUUGAGGCACCGUAUAAAGACGAAAAAGCUAACCCUUUUUGAUCAAAUUAUUUUAAGGUUUAAACUCAAAACUUUAUAUAGCUAGUGUAAAAUAAUUAUAAUUUACUUUUACCGGUUUUAAUAAUAAUAAUAAUAAUAAUAAUAAUAAUAAUAAUAAUAAUAAUAAUAAUAAUAAUAAUAGAUUUAGCCAGGGCUAAAAGCGAAGCUCCCGUUGAUAAUUUCAUAAUUUAAAUAAAAAAAAUAUAUACUUGUAAUCCACAAAUCAGUUAUCUUUAGGGCACAUUCAUGUGACUUUGAGACAAAGGCUACGUGAUUUUAGAAAAAAAUAAUUUGACAGCCCAAGAGUGAAACAAAUUUUACAUCUGGCCAUAACCCAGUCGCCCACCACCUUAAGUGUCAUUGUCUGAGGAAGUGUUCCAGGGGCCAAAAGUUGUGGUCAACCGAUUUGGCUGAAACUUCGCACAGAAGCUGGGUGUGAUGAGAUAUUUCAAAAGCCACUGGCUCACUUCUCUGACUUCUAGUUUUAGAGUUACAGGGGGGUCUCAGUUUUUGCCCUUUGAGCACCAAAAAUCCAGCCUUCAAGGGGGCAUUUUGAAAGUGUGAUAAGACUCCACUGGUAAAUUGUGCUGCCAAAUGAAUUUGACCAUAAACUCUACUAUAAUAGAGCUUUCAGUUCAUGCAUGUAACUUUGUCCUCAAGAUAUUGCACAGAGAGGACCCUAGGGCUAGAGUUUGGUCAAAAUUGAUGUUAAAAUUACAACCCAAAAUAGCCAUUUUUCAAAAUUUCACUAUAUUCACCUGCCUUCUUGCAUAACUUCCAUGCCUAUACCACUGUUUACUUUAGUCACCCAAUUAUCAAAAUCAGUUGAAAAAAAUUUGGCUUAUUAUGGUUUAUUGAAUUUUUGGAACAAACACUUCAUGCCCCUCUAAGGCGAUGCAAAAUGGAAUUUUGAGCAUAAUUCAGGCCAUAAACAAACCAAAUUGUUGACAAGAAGCCCUAAUUGUGUACUUGGUAAAUGAAAAUGAAUUGUCAAAGCCAAAUCAGUUUCGUUGUUUAGAAAUACACCGAUUCUUACCUUUAAAUUGAUCUAAAACGAGCCUCUGAUUAGCACAAAAACACAUGAUUUAGCAAAACAAAGGUGAUUUUAUUAUUUGAAAACCUAGCAACCACUAUGGGAACACAAAUGAUGAUGUUCUGACAUAGAUAAAACGACGUUUUUACAAGAUGCUUAAAUUUUUCUUUGAUUUAUAUUCAGUUUCACGUCACAUUUCUAAGCAUUACUCCAAGCAUGUGAAGUCUCUAUAUUUUGACAGGCCCAUUUUUUUUAUAUUUUUACCAGAUAAAGUUAGCUUAUCAAACGGUUCGUUAACAUACAUUCUUCGUCUGACCUUGUAGUAGCCUGAAUAGUUGUUGUAAAUACCCAUCAGCAAAGGAGCAUGGCCAUACUUACAUAGAUUAUACAAACAUAUACGAGAAUCAGUGAGCAGUAUCGAUGUGAACUGUGAUUUUCCGAGUCCUUUAGAGCUGAAAGAAUGAAACCAUCCAUCCACAGUUAGUAGAGCUGGAUAACAAAAAGCUUUUUUUUUUUUAAGGAAAACAAGAACGCUCUUAGUAGCGUUGAGUCUCGCUUGCUUGGAGAUGAGUUUUGUUGUCAAAGGCCCCGGUGCCGUUAUACUACUCUUUCGUUUGGAAUACAAAACGAGUGCUGUAUGUCAUAAUGUAUGUACUCAAAAAGUAAAAAUUGCAAGGAGAGAAAGGCCGCACAUCUUAGCCUCAAACCGGUGUGAAACCUUUGAAAACCUUCUACAUAUUGAUAUGGCUCCGUUGAGGAGUACUCUUUCAGGGAUUCUACACUCGAAAAAUUGAAAGAUAAUUUUUAUCGGUAUCAGGGGCCCAUGACUCUGUCAGUAUAAAUAUACAUAGCUUCUUUGUACCGGACAAAGAUAAAGCUCGGUACACUAUAUGUUCAGCACAGGAAAAAAGUGUAAGUUGAACAGAACCUUAUACAACACACAGUUAAUUCAGUUCGCGCGUAUUCCUGUUGAAUUUGUUGUCCUUUUUAUAUGAUAUCAAUAUCGCAUGAAAGUAAUGACUUUUUCCAUAGCUGCUUAGUAUCUACUUUUAAUAUCUCCGUACAAUCUCAGAGUACAAUGUUUAGAGUUGUACACAGCAUGCAUUUUAGUUAGAUAGAUAGAUGAUAGAUAGAUAGAUAGAUAGAUAGAUAGAUAGAUAGAUAGAUAGAUAGAUAGAUAGAUAGGUAGGUAGGUAGGUAGGUAGGUGGGUAGGUAAGAACCUUAGUUUAUGGCACGAUUAAAAGAUCAGCAUUGCUGGUGUGGUCGUGCAUACAACAAUUACAAGAAAAAUAAGGAGUACUGAAAGCAAAUGUGCACUUAAAAAUUAAAAACUGUUAAAAGUUUUUUCUUGUAUUACAGUAUCACCAGGAUAAAGCGUUUCAUUUUCCCAGAAAAUUUCUCUUUCUCGUCAAAACGAUCACUGACUCAGACAGACUCGGAUUAGUUUACUUGAAUUUAGCGUUCAGUGCAGCGAACAGGUUAUGUUCUGUGAAAUUUAUCUACAGUCUGCGGCCCACAUCAUCACUGAUCCACGAUUUAUUUAUUUAUUUAUUUUAUUUUCAAGUUCUUUUUAACCGAUCCUUGAUCCCUGAUUUCUCGAUCCUCGAUCCUCGCUCCUGAUUUCCAGUAAACCUUGAAGUUUUGCUCAUUAAGAUUCUUCUUCUUUUUUUUUUUCGACCACUGAAGUGAUCAGUUGUUCCAAAAUAAUCAACGCUUUCAGGCCAUAGAAUUCUUGGACCAACCCGUUUCGGAAAAGCUCGAUAUGGGAUUUCUAUUAACUAUCGACAUGAAGUGCUGCAAGUAGAGUGUGCGGUUAGUCAAGUUCAAAGCUACCCGUAUAAACACAUCCGUGACACGUUAGGGUGGAUUUUCACUGAUGCGUUUGUGGCUCCGCUGUUUAACGCACGUAAAUUUUAAUCACAUAAAUCAAAUAGAGGUAAGACAUAAAGUAUUGAGAUUAAACGUCAAAUUAAGCGAGUUUUUUACUUUUACGCUUACAUAAUUGUACGUGCAGCCUUUCAUACAUUGCCUUUAUUUUAUUUGCGAGCGCAAAUUUUACGCACGUGCGCACGUAAAAAUUAAGUGACAGUGGAUACUUCAUAUCUCAAGUAUUUAUGAAGUCCAACACGACUUCACAUCGUAACAACUGCGAAAAUCUAUCAAUUAAAUACAUAAAACAAAGUGAAUCUAUUUAGCCGUACAUUUCCUGUAAUUGUGGCAAUAUUCUGAGAAACGUAAGGCCUUAAAAAGCCACAAAAUCCUGAGGAUUUUCCCGCUAUAAUAUUUUCUCAUCCUGCUUAGGGAUGCGACUGCAUGUCGUGCAUAAUUACACGAAAAUCAAGGGCCUCCAUUCGAGGAAAGUUACGUCAUUGCCAAACUUACAUGCGUCAUUCCAGUCAUCGCCGAAAUAAACUGCAUUCUCAUCACGAGACUCAUUUCCAUACAAUGAAAGUCGUCACGAUUCUUAUCCCCAGUUUCGAACAAACUAGGUCCGACGAAAAAAAAAAAACGACUGCAUUUGAAGAGUCUCGCUCUAACUACCCGCCAUUUUGGACUUGGAGAGUGUGGGGACUGGACCGAGUUCCCGUUCAACCCUUCUCCUGUUUCGCGGGAAUUUUUUUGUGUUUUACAUCAAGGUGUGUUCGAAGUUCUAGAAGGUGAUCUGUGUCAGGAUGAUUUUACGAUGGCAUUUUAUCAUCGAAAUUGUGCAUUGCCAAAAUUAGCAUUGCUUUACAAGGGUGUCCACGUGACAAGCUGAAUGUACAGAAACAGCUCGAGCAGACAAAAAGCAGCCUUCAAGUUAUUCCUAUAAUUGUUGUUGUUUCUUUUGAUAAAGAUAUUGCUGCGAUGAGUUUGUUGAAUGUUUAGUGCUUUUCGUCAGGGCCCAGGAAAUUAACAAGGGAAUCAAUCAACCAUAAACAAACAGUUUGAGACAACAAUAUCGCAACUCAUAUAUCAUCGUCUCUCUUCAAGUAAAGGAGUCCCAUAAACCGCGAUAAGAGCCAUUUGUGUACGUGUAUGAUCCCUAACUGAUCUUUUGAAUCACCUGUAGCUUUGGCAUCACCAGGUCUUCCUCUUCUUCCCCGCACACACUUGAACCCUUCUACUUGUGCUUUAACCAUGCAGUCAUGCCGCUAUCGCAAGACCACAAAGGAAGCAUUCCUGUUUCUUGCACAGCCCACGACGUCACACCACACUGGUCAUUCACCCCUCCAAAGGGAUAAAAUGCCAUCGUAAAAUCAUCCUGACACAGAUCGCUUUCUAGAAUUUCGUACACACCAGUACCCAGUCGUUCGAAGGCCGAUUAGUGCUUAACACGGGGUUAAAUUUAACCCGGGUUUGUUUUUCUUGUGUUUAAAAGUAUUUUCUCGGAUAAUUUUCUCUGCUAUUUUUAGAGGUUCCAAUCAUCAACUUGUAGACAAAAAGAAUUAAAACUGAAAUGCUCUUUAAGCUUUCAAAUCUGAAUUCAAAUCUCGCACUGACCCUGGGUUAUCUUAACCCUGCUUUGAACAACUCGGCCCUGAUGAAAAACACAACAAAUUCCCACGAAAAGGAGAAGGAUUGGACGGGAACUCCGUCCAGUCCCCACACUCCAAAAUUGCAGGCCAGCUAACUUGAUGUAAUAACAAUUGCAUCAUCUCAAUGCAAGGAUUUGUUUGGGUUGUUUUCUUUAUAAAAGCAAAACAAGCCUUUUGUUAUGCAGCUCUCCUAACUGUGGAUGGAUGGUUUCAUUUUUUCAUCUCUAAAGGACUCGGAAAAUGACAGUUCACCUCGAUACAGCUCACUGAAGCUCGUAUAUGUUUGUAUAAUCUAUGUAAGUAUGGUCAUGCUCUUUUGCUGAUGGGUAUUUACAACAACUAUUUAGGCUACUACAAGGUCAGACGAAGAAUAUGUCUUAGCGAAACUUUUGAUAAGCUAAAUUUAUCUGGUAAAAAUAUAAAAAAAAGUGGGCCUGGCAAAGUAUGGAGACUUGGAGUAAUUCUUAGAAAUAUGACGUGAGACCACGGGUGGCCAAGUGUAAUAUGGGCCACCUGUGGCGUAAUAUGAGAGUUUGUAUGGGAAAAAUAGAGUUUGAAACUUAGAUGAAAUAAAUGUCAGGUCAGAUGAUGUAAAAGUACUCAAAUCGAGCUGAAACUUCGUAAAAACAAAGACAACGACUCCAGGUAACAAUAUUUACAUUUUCUUGCUAACUUUUAUCGCUUUUACUUCAUUUAUUUCACCUAAGUUUCAAAAUCUAUUUUUCCCAUACGAAUUCUCAUAUUAUGCCACAGGUGGCCCAUAUUAUGCUUGGGCCACCUGUGGUGAAAAUUAAUAUAAAUCAAAGAAAAAUUCAGGAAUCUUGUAAAAAGAUCGUUAUAUCUACGUCAGAACAUCAUCAUUUGUGUUCCCAUGGUGGUUGCUAGGUUUUCAAAGAAUAAGAUCACCUUUGUUUUGCUAAAUCAUGUGUUUUUUGUGCUAAUCAGAGGCCCGUUUUACACCAAUUUAAAGGUAAGAAUCGGUGUAUUUCUAAACAACGAAACUGAUUUGGCUUUGACAAUUCAUUUUCACUUACCAAAUACAGAAUAAGGGCUUCUUGUCAACAAUUUGCUUUGUUUAUGACCUGAAUUAUGCUCAAAAUUCCAUUUUCCAUCGCCUUAAAGGGGCAUGAAGUGUUUGUUCCAAAAAGUCAAUAAACCACGAUAAGCCAAAUUUUUCUCAACUGAUUUUGAUAACUGGGUGACUAAAGUAAACGGUGGUAUAGGCAUGGAAGUUAUGCAAGAAGGCAGGUGAAUAUAGUGAAAUUUUGAAAAAUGGCUAUUUUGGGUUGUAAUUUUAACAUCAAUUUUGACCAAACUCUAUUGCCAGGAUCCUCUCUGUGCAAUAUCUUGAGGGCAAAGUUACAUGCAUGAACUGAAAGCUCUAUUAUAGUAGAGUUUAUGGUCAAAUUCAUUUGGCAGCACAAUUUACCAGUGGGGUCUUAUCACACUUUCAAAAUGCCCCCUUGAAGGCUGGGUUUUUGGUGCUCAAAGGGCAAAAACUGAGACCCCCCCUGUAACUCCAGAACUAGACGUCAGAGAAGUGAGCCAAAGUGGCUUUUGAAAUAUCUCAUCACGCCCAACUUCUGUGCCCAGUUUCAGCCAAAUCGGUUGACCACAACUUUUGGCCCCUGGAACACUUGACACUUAAUUUUGUAAGGUUAAUUCAUAGUCUCUCCAACCACUCCGUUGGAGAGACUAUGGAUAGUUGGAGAGUCCCAAAAUGUAAUUUUAUGGACACACGAUAGUCCUCGGUGGCAGCCAAUUUACAGGUUGAAUUCCUCUGUCUAAAAGGGAGGCCAAAAUAAAACAAAAUCAGGCCGGAUUUUUUGUGUUUGACAAGUUUUACUCUACAAGUAAAUCUUGGCGACAAAUCUGGUGGCAACCAGCCUUUUAAAUAUACUUUUUUUGAUCACAUCUGAGUUAAACAGUACUAUGAGUUGCUGGUUUUUUUAUCAUACAAACCUGGGACAGAAUUUGUUUUUUUUUGCCCCAUUUAAACCUAUAAUUCUGCAUUUUUUCACAAUUUUGCAAGACAAGUUGUAAUCAUUCAAUAUCCAGGACUAUUGAGGCACACGCUUCCUUUGCACAACAAAUUACAGUAUUGACCACAUUAUAAAACGUUUUCAUGAAGAGAAUUCCAUAAUGCCGGGACUUUUCCGUUAGAAAAAUCUGGUCCUAUGUGAAAUGCAGGGUAAUAAUUAUGGGCUUUUAGUGAGAACGAUAAAAAAAUUCCCCAAAUCAUCUUUUCGGCUAGACAGACGGGUUCUCACUUUUUUUGAUAAGCACCAACUAAUUUGCAGUUCGAGCUGUCAAGUGUUUGAAUGAACAUAAUAGAGUUACCAUUUACGCUUCAACACGAUAGAAAAUUUGUUAUGUUUAGGUUUUAUUUCCCUUUAUUUAUAAAACUGUUUAUUGUUAUGUGCUUUAAAAGCGAGCGAUAUCUAAGCGCGACAUUUUGAGUACUCCUACAUGCGAGAUGUUUAUGUACGACUGAAAACAACCGGCGCGACGAUAAAAAUUGCGAGAGGGACUACGAAGAAUCAAUAAAACAAAUUUAAUUCGGUGAAACAUGUACAGAGACAAUAAUUUCCAUUCACGAAGAAAAGUAUUGAGAGUAAUGUAUCUCUGAAAAUCAUGAGCUAGAUAAGCGCCAGGUAAGCAUAAGCUUAUUUAUGGUUUCAGCCGGCUUUCCGUUCUUUGCUAUUUUUCAACAUGAACUCGAGGCAAGAAAAUCGCUCAGAGCUGUAGAUUUACAGCCAAAAUCAUAACGUAAGAUUCUUCGGAACGUUUUCUUUGUAUUUGCGGUCAAAAAAUGUCUAAAGGCUUUUUAAACCUGAUACUAUUGUAGAUCGGAUCAUUGUCUCGCGCAUAAACUAGCCGCAUAAACUACGCUCGACUUUAGGAAACCGGAAAAAAAAAAGAGCAUAAAAAUUAGACGUAGAGCGUGACCAACGCGUGACUAUGGUGAGAAAAGUCAAAAACAUGUAAAAGCCGGUUGAAUUUUAGCGUCCGAGGUCAGUCAGUCAGGUCAGUUGUUUCUUUUUUUUAAGUGCGGCUCAUGAACACGACUUAUUUCAUAUGCAUUUUAAAAACAUGAACUUGAGUCUGCGGUCAUUCGAAAAGUAGCAACUUGUCAGCGGAUAACUUUAAAAAACACUCGAACCCAGUCGGUCGAUACCUGAGCCCGCGGUAUGGUCAGGCGAUACUAGUCAGCGGAUACACUGUUUUGGCAACUGUCAAUUGAUCAAAACAUGGAUGUACAAUUAGGUUGCAGGCUCCCAAACUUGCUAGAAAGUGUGAAGUUAAACAUCGGUAUGUCUGUGUUGCGGACGGACGGAAGGUCGGGCGGUCGGUGUACCGUCACCUGAUUGCCAAAUUUUCUAGGAUGGAUAUAUUUUUUAAGCAAUGGAGCUUCUCUUAAAAUACAGAACAGAGCCCGUGAUCAAAUAAAAUAUCAGCGGAAAGCUUAAAAAAUACUUGACCUCAAUGAGUAGAACAAUGAGCUCGCGAUACAUUCAGGUGAUGAUGGUCAGCGGAUGCUCUAGUUUGACAGCUGUCAAUUAACCUUCAUUAGAAUGUCAAAUAUUAGUAUCAACGGACAGUCGACUACAAGUGUAAGUAAGACAUUUCAGCCGGCUCGUAUUGGGGGCGACGUGCCAGAUCGUGUACCUGAAAGGACCUGAGCCCACGUUAUUAGUUUUCUGAUAGUGCACAUGUCCCAUUUUGAUAGCUGUCAAUUGACCUUAAUUUGACUCGCGCAUACAGUUUCGUUUCUAUGUUGAAUUGGUAGGCGUGACAUAUUAUAUCAGCUUAUAUGUAGGGGGCAAAACGACUGGUCUUGCACCUGAGCCUGCGAGAUGGUCAUGUGAUAAUUGUUAGCGGAUGUCUGAUUUUGACAGCUGUCAAUCUAAUCAUCCUCAUACGGAUGGGUAACAUAACUGGCUGACAAGCUAGUGUCAAGAUGUGGAAGAUCUAUUGUGACAUUUGACAUCGGCUUACAUGAAGUGUGUGUGGGCGUACCCUACGUCAUAACCAAAUUUUCUCGGCUGGAUAGUUUACCAAAUUUUAUCCAUGGUGCUCCGCUGCGCGCGCUUCGCGUGCGCGAGAGCUCCGCUAAUAAUAAUGGUAUUGUAAUAAUUAUGAUCAUAAUUUUAUAAUGGCAGUGAAAAUGAUAAUGAAAAUAAUAAUGAUAAUGAUAAUAGCGUAAUAAUAAUGAUGAUGAUGGUAAUGAUAUCUAUUACAAAUUUCUCAAGCUGACUGGCUUAUCAGCCUGCGUGGCAGCCGGUCUGGUCACUCAAGACCUAUUAAGAACUCGAUAUAGUCAAGGAUUUAGAUGGUUUGCGGCACAGGCUAACUGGCUAGCAACUGUCCUGAUUUCAGCACUAAUAGGACAAUGUAAUAGGACAGUACGCGUCAUGCCUUAGUAAUUAGACAGUAUGCACCAUCACCUGCGCGACAUUCGUGUCGUCCAAUUCGUGUCUGUAAUCAUACUAGUGAUUAAGUUAGCUGAACACAGUUUUGCGGGGGGUCAGCGGUAGUGCGUGUUUUAAAUUAGACAAACAAACAUGGCGGAGAAAAAAGCAAUGAUACACAGAAGACGAUUUCUCAAAAUCUACUCUAUAAAAUUUUGUGAUAUUUGGCAAAAUUUUUACUUUUAUCGUAUUGUAAAUGAUGAGAACUUUAAAAUGGAAGUUGAACAGACGAAUUUUAUGACACAUUUAAUAAUUACAGUACAAUUAUAUUACUGAUUAUCUAAAAAAUAAACCCCUCUGUUAAAAUUUGGUCAAAUAACUUUCAAAUGGUAAUGAUUAAUUAUAGUAAGCUGUGUGCGAGUUUAUAGGAAAAUCUACUGAGCGAAUUUUAUGUAAACUCAGUAAAGGUGAAAUUUUAAGGUUGUAUUUAAUCUUUCAUGUUGCCAUGGAAACUACGAAAAUAUCAAAGUUUACCUGUGAGUCAAAAUCUUUCAUCAGUAUAUUUUUCACCUGCCAAGUUUCAGCUUGUGAACUGCAACCUUUCUCUUGCCAUAAUUAGGCAAAUGACCUAUACUCGGAAACUGCCAAAACUGUGUUCAGCCACCUUAAACAAACUAGACUCCCGCCACGCGGUCGUCCGAUUUUCUUAAUCACUCGUAUAAUUACAGACCGAAUUGGACUGCACUCAGUCCUAUUUCCAUUACAACUAAUAAUAAUAAUUAUAAUAAUAAUAAUAAUAAUAAUAUGAUGAUGAUGAUGAUGAUGAUGAUGAUAAUAGCUUUAAUAAGAAAAUUGCCCGUACAGCUCGUAAAAGGUUCUAAAAUCUUAGUUAUGAAGAGUAAAACAUGACGUUUCACUCAGUAUUUUGCAGCUUAGAUAUAUAAGAGUACGUAGAUCUCAAUCAUAUAAUCCCUUUUGUUUUUCUAAAGGAAAAUAUUUACAUUUCAUAAUCGUCAUUAAGCGUUCUUCCUUGAAAUCUUCCUCUCUAAGAUUGCUCCAGGACAAUAAAUAGUACGUUUGGUGAUAUUGAGGUAAAUGAUACAAACGGCUACUUUGAAAUACGUCAGUGGACCAUACUAAGUUCCUAUACGCCCCAGGCCGUGGCUUUGGUCUCUGUACAAGAACUAUACCUCGUCUCUUGCAGGUAAAUUGAGUGACGUAAUAAAUUCUUGUAACUAACGAAAGGAAUACCAGAAAACGAAAAAGUCGCAUUUUUUUUUACCUACCAAAGUUAGCCGGAAUUGCUUUUUAUUUCCUGAUCGUUUUACCUACUGUUACUUAUGCUUUAGUUACGUGGGAUUCUUGCCAAAAAACCCUCUUUGGGGAGCUGGAAAAAAAUCCAUGUUCGGGCUGCUAAGUAAGAUUAUCUUUGGUUUAAACUCUGGUACACGUCGAGCGACAAGGUGCUAGAUCAUAUAUACGAACUGGUUUUCAUUAAAUAAUCCAUAUGAUCCAAAAGUUAUUAUUACUGGCCCAUACGUUUUUCUAACCAAACUGCCCCCGAAACUAUCCAGAAAUUUUUGAACAGGUACUGCUGCAUUUAUAAUUUACGAAGAAAGCAAACGUCUGAGAUACCUUUUCCCAAGACAAAGCUACUUAGCAAGUCCAGCUGCUACAAAGUACAAACAUUGUGGAACUCUCUGGAGAGUCACACAGAAGAAUUACCAAGUUUUGAUUCUUUUAAAAAGACACUGAAAAGUCAGCUUUUUUAAAGUAAAUAUUUUUAGGCCUUGAAUUUCAUUGUUUAUCGUGUUAUUGAUUGCUUUUAAUAACGAUUUUCAUAAUACUGUAUUUUCAGUUUUAACACGACCACAUCGGCUCUGCUUUAGUUUUCAAUCGUGCUUAAAUAAUUAAAUACCAUAUAUAAGGCAUUUUUGCUGCACAAGAAUUGUCUGCCAAAGGCUAGGACUUGAUUGAAACGACCCUCCGAUGUGUCAUUCCCAGCAACGUUGUCUUUGAAUUUCCUGGAGGCUGAUUUUUCCUGACGUUUCACUGAUUAACUUUCCUAAACCGUUCUUUAUCACUACCAAGAAUGCUCCUUUGAUCACCGUAUAUUAUCAUUAUCAUUAUCAUUUUAUUGUCAUUGUCAUUGUCAUUGUCAUUUCAUUGUCAUUGUCAUAAUCAUUGUCAUUAUGAUUAUGGCUAUCACUAUCAUUAUCAUCAUUAUCAUUAUCAGUAUCAGUAUCAUAAUCACGAUGAUAAUCAUUACCGUUAUCUUUGUCAUUAUCGUUAUCUUUAUCAUUGCAACUGAUAUAUAUAUUUUAGCUGUUAUUAAUUGUCAUAUUUUGUUUCUAUCACACAGCGAAUAUGUGAAGAUCACUGAUGGGGUAGGUACCGAGGUUCUUCAUCGACGAGGGUGCGCACCUUUCACUACAGAGAAUUUGUUGGAUGUACAGUUUGGUUCGUCCGGUAACAUCUCAGUUCAAGUGUAUUUAGAAAACGCUCAAAGCAGCCUGAAAAUCAAGUUUGCGGUUUUGAAGAAUGGCAUAUCUUCAGGUAUGUUUUAGUCGAUACAGUGUACUUAUUUUACUGUUUCUAUUUUAGUCGUUAAGUGUUUACAGUUUAGUUGUUUCCUUACGAUUGUCCAGAUCGAGCGCUCUUUAUAAAGGUGGCCAUCUUAUUCCAGCUAGGUAGAAUAGACCUUAUUCACGAUACCCGCCAUCUUUGCACGUGCUCUAAGAUAUCACGUGGUACUUCAAAGGGCAAGCAAGUGAUAAAAAUUGCCAAUACCAGUAAUCAAUGUCGAGUUUGUUUAUUUUAUCAAAACGAGACAACGAUUUUUAAUAAACAUGGAAAUAUGUAGAGUUGGAGUUUCGACAAGUUUUAUGAUAUGCUGGACGUCAACUGGUUAUGGUUAAAUGCCUCCCACAACCAAAACCUCAAAUAUGCUAAUUGUUUAAAACUCGAUAAUGAAUUCUUGUCACAGCAACAACAACAACAACAACAACAACAAAUCUAAUUCGGCAAUAGUCACUCGACUGAUGUCGGCAUUUCCGUAAGUGUGACAUAUUAAGAUAUUUUGUGGCAAAUAGUCUGGCAUUCUUUUAUGUUUACUUGGAGCCUCCAUAUGUGCUGUACCCUUGAGUCAACCCAUUCCCGUAAAGAAUUAUUUUUAGAACAGGCUUUCCCGCGAAAUUAAUGUGUUUUCGAGGACGUCCGCAUAUUUCUGUAAUGAGAAAAAAAUGACGACGAAAGAGGGAAAUUGGCCAACAAGUUUACUCCUUGUUCCAUCACCGUAGCUCCUGCCUCCGUUCCUUUCCUUGCAACCGAGGAAAGCUGGUUUCGAGUUAAUAUAAAUAAUAUGUAAUCUGGCUUAAAUAUAUUGCUAUAUUUUGUUGUUGCAACUCACGAGGUCGUGUUUGCUGUUGUAGCACUGUUCGGAUGUUCAAAUUUUGCUCGUAAUGUUGUAUUCCAUCGCCCUCAUUUAAAAGAAACUUUUCAAAGAAUUAAAUAGUGAGACUCUUUGUAGGAGAGCCAGACAUUUUAAAAGGGAAUUGGAGCGCUUACGGUAAGGUCUGUAACAGCUGAUCGUGGAACCGGCAAAUCGGCAAUUUUGCGCCUUCCGCGGCCUUUGUAAGUAGAAACUGUCGUGUCUUCUAUGUCUUAUCUACCGCAACCUGGGGCAGCGAAAAUCAAGAUGUUUUCUCAUGAUUUGAAGGAUUUCCUUUAACGAAGCAAAACGUCGAAGUGAAGAAAGGUAUCGGUUUUUAUUGUCCGGAUUUUUAUUCAUUUUGAUGGUGCUAUAUAAGUUAUUAUUUAGUUGCCACAAGACAUGAAAGCUGCAAAAACCCUUUGAGUGCAGAAUUAUCAAACUCAGGAAGAAAUUAAACACCGUUUGGCAAUCACACUAUUUCUCAAGGUGCUACAAGAUUUCAUGGCCGCAGCAUAUACUUGUAGACCUCAAAUAACCGCAAAAGGAAUAUGCAGGAGGACGUGACAUGCCGUAACAUCUAACUUCCGCUAUGAAACCUCUGAGAACCUUUCUUUCAUUCAAGGAUUUUAAUCUUUUGAAGUCGCUAACCCCAUCAGCUCGCUCCAUUUUUUUAAUUAUAUGACUGCCUGUUAUUUUCCUUGUUUACAUGUUACUUAGUUUCUUAGUAGCAAGAGAAAAAUACCAGGCUCAAAGUAUCGACAGUUGUUGUAUUGUGUGAAUGAAACCCUCGGUAUGUUAGGUACAGAACAGUAAAUUUCGCUUUUAAUUCGAUUUCAUUCCUGUUGAAUAUCUCGUUUGUUUUCAGUUUGAUAUAUCCUCUUGAAAUAUUUUCCGUUGAGAUUGUAAGUUAUAAAAAGCCGUUUUCAUCCACAGCCACAUUAAUUUGGCUUAUAAAACUCCAUUCAUAAUUCGCGACCUCAGAUCUCACACAAUUACAGCCGCCGCGCAAGCAAAAGAUGCAGCCCGUGUUCGAUCUGUAACACAGUUGGAACAACAUACUUUUUACUUCAAAAUUAACGUGGGUUGACACAAUGUGGUCCUUUGUGGAAUUAGUAAAAAGCUCCAAAGCAUUGCACAAGUGAGUAAACCAGUAAAGUAAAGUAAAAGAGCUUGAUUUUCAAUAUUUAUUUACCCGCUGUCCAGGGCCGGGACUGGGUUGUUCGUGAUAAAACUUAUGUUAUGCAGCCAACUGUCAAGAUUACAAGUAAACUUGAAGACGCCUCAUGAGUGUAUCACCUUUUCGUUUUGGUUAUUAGGCUUUAAGCGGAUAUUUUUAGCCCGAUAGAAGAUCAGAACUAUCAUCAGAUAACUCUUCCACGCUGGCUACCGCCAUUGUUGGAAGCAAUUCAAAUCGCGCUUCUAUGACUCAGCGUGUGACGUAUGAUCAUAGCUCUGGUAUAAAGCUUUUAAAAAAAUGCCUCAAAGGGUUCCGGGAUAGAUUUUAUGGUAAUAAUAAAUUACAGUUUAUAGUAAUAAUAAUAAUAAUAAUAAUAAUAAUAAUAAUAAUAAUAAUAAUAAUGAUAUUUAUAAUAAUAAUAAUAAUAAUAAUAGUAAUAAUAACAAUAAUUAUUAUUAUUGUUAUUAUUAUUGUUAUAUUUUCUUUUUCAGCUUUACCGCUUUCAGGGUGGAAUGUGGCUGUUUUGAUGUCCAGUCAGUUUGGUUUUAGUAUUCAGUUGUCAGCACUUCACACGUACAUUGACCGGACUGCCAGUUUUUAUUUGAUUCUUAUUAAAACUCCAGCGGGAAAUUUACUGGCUGUAGAAACUUUUCCAGGAAGUGCGACAACUGCAGAUAUCACCGGGCUGAGACCUUCCACGAUGUACCGAGUUGGCGUGUAUGGAAUUGACGAGACUGGACAAGCCUACAAAACCAGUGAAAGUCUGGCUUCAACCACUGAUGGUAAACUAUGCAUUUUGCAUUGCUUUCUCUUUCUUGCUACAUGCAGUGGAGACGAAGGGUUUUGAACUUAAUGUCGGGUUCUAUAAUAACAAUAAUGAAAAUAAGAAAUGAUGUGAUAAACACGCCCAGAGCAUGAGACAAAGAUAAAAUCUGAUUCCCGACAGUAAUUGAACGACCUUCCGAACACCCUGUCAGAUGCUCUAACCAUUGAGCUACAAAGGACUCGUAGCGAGCUGGGCCAUGUACAAGGUUCAUGUAAUGAUGAUAAUGUAAUAGCAAUGGUAAUUACUCGCUAGGGUAUAUUUUACGUUGCUAGUUGGGACCCAUCAUAACCAUUUAUCAGAUCCAUUUUUUGGACUACACUCAUGAUCAACAAAAGAUGAUUAAGGGAUCAACAACAACAACAACAACAACAAUAACAACACCUUAUUUCACCCCAUAAUAUAGAAGAGAUAAAAAUUCAUAACAAUAGUACAGACGAUGAUAGGGGCGCUGGCUGCCCGAAAUAACCUAAGAGUUAAAAAUGCCAGGCAGCCAGUUACAAGAAAAGAUGUUUAAAUGUUUAGGUCAGGGACACAAGAAUCAGGGUUUUGUUAAACGGCACCAGCUUACCUCUAAUUUAAUCUAGGCCAUACUUCACGGUCUCGAAUGCAGAAAGUUUUGUUUGAUAAGAUUAUGAUUCCUUCGAAGAAAAGGGAAGGCGGGUUCAGAUUACUGAAAAGUUAGUACUGCAGCAUCAAUGAAAGUGCCUUGAAGGUUUAGACUACCUGCUUGUAGCCUUACGUCUUGUUUCGUGAUUGUAGCCCUAGUUCCAUACCUGAGCUUAUAUCUCGCUCUUUCACUGCUAAAUAAUACCCGGUCAUAACCUAGUUUUUGUUUUGUUUUGUUUUUUAAACAAAAUAUCUGACCCAAUCAAACGCUUUCGCCUUUUUCUGAUAGUUUCUUUUAUUUUUCUAUUAUAUAAAGUAUUUUGUGGCUCUCGACCAAGCGCUAGUAGUCAAAUUGUUGGUGGUUCGGUUGCAAGAGUGAAUAGCUGGCCGUGGCAGGUGAUGCUGAUCAGAUCGUCUGGAGACCAGUUUUGCGGAGGAUCGUUAGUAGACCCUUAUUGGGUGGUGACGGCUGCACAUUGUGUCAACGGAAAAUCGCCGUCUUCUAUCAAAGUAAAGUAAGUUAAUUAAGCUUUACCUCUUUCAAAACCAGAAGAAAUUCCCCACUUGGGAAACUCUAGCGAGAAAGCUUUGGGCGCAGUGAUUGCCUAAAAUUUAUCGAGCUCUCUUUGUAUUGUCUGUAAGCUAUAAGUGAUUUCAAUCCCGACGGCAUGCAAUGGUAUGCUACAUUUUGAACUGUGAGUUGUGCUACUGUGCGUACAUCAUUUAGUGACUCUGGCUACUUAACAUUUCCUUUAAAUUCAAAAGUACGAUCACAUUGGUCCUGGAAGGAUAAUCAAUAAGUUCGUUCAUAAUUGCCUUGUCGUUGUUACUAUCAUCGUCAUCAUUAUCACAUCAUCGUCAUCGUCACCGGUUCUUAUAUAUUUACUAUAUUACUUUCGUCUAAUCUGAGUAAUCUUAGACCAAAAUGUUUUUUUUUCAACAUUUUUUUUUAUACAACCUUGUUCCCAGUGUCUCCUCUUCCUCGUCCCCCAGAGCAGGAUAGAGAGGAUCGAGGGAGCCUGGAAACGAGUUUGUCAUUGCUUGCACUUCUGUCUUCUGUCGUAUUAAUUAACUAAUCAAUUAAUUAAUUAUUUAUAUACUUAUUUAUUUCUUGUUUAGGUUGGGAGCCCACUAUAGAACAACCGGCAGUGUUGGAACAGAACAGGAAAUCAGGGUCGCUCGGAUCAUCAGGCAUGAAAACUAUAACAACCCGUUGAGCUAUAGCAAUGACAUCGCCCUGAUUAAGCUCUUAAAACCUGCAAAUCUUGGGGUGGGGAUCGGGCUUGUUUGCCUGCCUGAUAUGCGACACGCUCUUCCUUUUGACAAUUUGAACAAAACCUGCUGGAUUACGGGCUGGGGUACACUGUCCUCAGGGAGGUCCCAGCCAAAUGCACUCAUGGAAGCUCAGAUUCCACUGGUCUCCAAAAGGCGUUGUAUGAAUUUCUACCCUGAAGAGAUCGAUGAUUCGAUGCUCUGUGCUGGCCUGGAUGCAGGAGGAGUUGACACUUGUCAAGGCAACAGUGGUGGUCCAUUGGUGUGCGAGUUUAACGGAACAUGGUUUCUUGAAGGUGUAACUAGUUGGGGUUACAGAUGUACGUAUGCUUCCAAGUAUGGAGUAAAUGUUUACGUUAGAGAUCUGAAAGUAUGGUUAACAAACCAUAUUUAUCAAGCAAUACCGCCUACUGUUUUACCACAAAAUCAAUCGGUGUUCGCGUUAGGUAAGUACACUAAACAGCUUUUAUUGUUGUUUUACAUAGCCCCGUCUUACAAACUGAGAAAAAGGUUCCCUUACUCUCAUCAUCUAGCCGACGUUUAUAUACUGGUCUUAGCUCACUGACUAUGUAAUCGUCGCAUUGUCAUUGCUAAUACAUUUAUUUAGUCCUGCCAUUGUUCGACUACUGUUCGUCUUUCGGGGGCAGUUAUGGAAAUGGGAGCAAAUCCUAUCUAGAUAAGCUAAACAGACGUGCCACCUGUAUUAUUGUGGGUGUAUCUAUCAGGGCUGAUGAGUUAAAGUCGACACCUAGCUGGAACAGCCUACAAGCGCGUAGAGACUAUCUGAAGUGCGUCUUAGUCUUUAAAUGUCUUCAUGGAACGGCGCCAUUGUACUUACAUUCGCAGUUUAGGUAUGCGCACCAAGUCCAUGCCUACAACACCAGCAGCCAUGAUUUGCUGCGUCCUCCUGGCGAAAACGGCUACGUUGCAAAGCGACGCUCAGUACGAAUUUAAGAUUAAGUUCAAACGCCAUCUUAGACAAUAAUACCUGUACACUGUACAUGUUGCCUUGAUAACUGAACUGAUUGUCUAGUCUCUUCAACGUUUUAAUUUCGUUGUUUUGGUUGUGUCGGGGCUCCAUUUAAAGUAGCUCUGCUAAAUUAGAUGCUCCUGGAUAAAUAUUGAUUUGAAUAACUGAAAAAUAACUUUGUUAAAUAAUCUUUACCAGGAAGUUGAUGUUUGGAGGAAAUAUAAAAAUGUUUUUUUGUUUAUUAUUUAUUUAACGUGUUUAGUAUGGUGCUCAUUUGACAGUGGAUUAUGCUCUGGAUGGAACCAAUCGUCUUCAGAUGAUUUUCAUUGGACUCUUUCGUCUGGCUCAACACUAUCAGCAUCUACAGGCCCGUCUUCUGGUCAAGGGGGAUCAGGUCAGGUUUAGUUAUCAUGUUUUAUUUCAGUCCUUAAAGUUAUACGCUCUAUACAAAUUAAGGGCAAAUGACAGCUGUCAAAAUGGGACAUGUGAAUACCACUAACAGAUCAAUAUCAAAUACACGAGGCUCAAGGCUCAAAUACACGAUCUGACAUUUCACCCCCUUAAUCCUCCAUUACAACCCAGACUGAAAUUUCUUACUAACACUCGCAGUCAACAGUCCGUUUAUUCGAAAAUUCGCCAUCCCUUGCACCAUUCUAAUGAAGUUCAAUUGACAGUUGUCAAACUACAGCAUCCGCUGACCAUCAUCACCUGACUUAUCGCAGACUCAGGUAUCGCUCCAAUGAGUUCGAGUUUUUUUGAAGUUAUCCGCUGACAAGUCACUACUUUCCAAAUGAUUGCAGGCUCAAGUUCAAUUUUUUAACGCAUAGGAAAUAGGUAGUUGUGUUUAUGAGCCGCAAUAUUAAACUUUUAACUUCAAACUGACCUCGGACGCGAGAAUUCAGCCAGCUUUUACAGACAGGGAAGUUGCUUUUGACCUUUCUUACUAUGGUCACGCGUUGGUCACGCUCCACGUUCAAUUUUUUUGUUCUGACUGGUGAAAAGUUGAUACGUGAGUUCAUGCGGAAAAUUUAUGCAGCAUCCUGAAACUUGUUUACUGGUAGCUGAAACUGACAGAGUUUUGUGUAACGUUGUGAAGCUUUUAACUGCCUUUUUCUACUGGAUGCACAAAAUGAAAUACAGCUGCUAGCAAGAUUCUUCAUGGCUCAUUUGUUCAUUGGUUUUUUGGUUGAGAAAUGCGCAACUUGUCAAAGUCAUCGGAAAUCCGAUUUCGGAUGGACCCACUCCCCCUUGCUUAAUGCGUAUUAUAAAGAGGGUUCAAAAAAGUCUCAAGCGAUUCUGAUGGCCUUUAGGAGCUGCAUCUUGACUGGUAAGCCUGUGUUAUUAUUGUAUAUGAUGUGUCUUUUUUCCGGUUUCCUAAAGUCGAGCGUAGUUUCUGCACCUAGUUUCUACACAAGACAAUGAUCUGACCUACAACAGCAUCAGGUUUGACAUAACCUUACAGAUUUUUAAAAAGUCUUUAAUAACAUUUUCUGUCCACAAAUACAAAGAAAACGUUCAGAAGAAUACAAUUUAUUUAGUUGUGCUUUUGGCUGUAAACAGAAAGCUCCGAGCUAUAUUCUUGCCUCGCGGUUCAUCUUGAAGUAAACACCGCGAAGCCGGCUUAAUUCUGCAAGGUUUUUGAACUUUAUGAGCUUAUGCUUAUGAUUUUCAGAGACACUUACUCUCAAAACUUAUCGCCGUGAAUGAAAAUUGUUGUCGUACCUGUUUCACCGAGUUAUAUUUUUUUUACUGAUUGCUAGUAGUCUCUUCCUCAAUUUAAUCCCUGCGCAGGUUGUUUUCACUCGAACAUGUAACAAAACAUCGCACGCAGGAGUACUCAAAAAGCCGCGCGUAAAUAUCACAUAACAAAAAAACACAAAUAAAGGGAAAUAAAACCUAAACAUAAUAAGUUCACUAUCAUGUUGAAGCUUAACUCUAUUAAUGUUCAUUUAAACGGCUCCGACAGCUCGCAGACUGCAAAUUUGGAGCGCGACAAAAGUGAGAACCGGUCCAGUAUAGGUGAUUUUGGGAAUUUUUUUUUAUCGUUUUCAUUAAAAACCGAUAAUUAUUACCCUACAUAUCACAUAGCAGCAGAUUUUUCCGACUAAGCAGACCCGGAUUCAUGGAAAAUUAUCUUCAUGAAAACGUUUUAUAAUGUGGUCAAUUCUAUAUUUUUUUUGCUCAAAGGAAGCGCGUGCUUCGAUCGUCUUGGAUAUUGAAUAAGCGCAAUUUGUCUUGCAAGAUUGUGAAAAACUGCAGAAUUAUAGGUUUAAAUAGGCAAGGAAAAAUAACUGGCACAGGCAUAGUACUGUUUUCCUCAGAAUUUAUGUAUAAAAACACUGAUAAAAGGUAUAUUUAAAAGACUGGUUUACACACCACCAGAUUUGUCGCCAAGAUUUACUUGUAAAGUAAACCUGUAGAACACAAAUCUUUUUCGAAACACCAAAUGACCGGCCUCAUUUUUUUUUUCAAUUUUGGCCUUCCUUUUAGACAGAGGAAUGCAACGUGUAAAUUGGCUGCAACCGAGGACUGUCGUGUGUUGCAUAAAAUUAUGUUUCGGGGAGAUCCAAUUAUCUCCAUAAUCUCUCCAACGGAGUGGUUGGAGAGAAUGUGAAUUAACCUUAUAAAACAAAGGCAGUGUAGGUGGGUGACUGGGUUUAACUUCUUUUGUUUGGGAAGAAUUUGUUUUCUAGGCUUAAUCUACUGUGAUCGAAGAAGAUUGCUAUUUUUCGGUGUACAUAUAAGACUGCUAACGGGGUGUAAAAUUUGUUUCACUCUGGAACUGUCAAAUUAUUUUUCUGUAAGGAAUCACUUUCCCUCAAAAGUCUCAUGAAUGUACCUUAAAGUUAACUGAUUAAUGUUUAUUGUUUUAUUUAAAUUAUCAAUUUAUUAACGCGAGCUUCGCUUUUAGCCCUGGCUAAAUCUAUAUAUUAUAGGUAGGAGUAAUUAUACACUUUAAAAAAGAGGUUAUAUGAAUGCACGCCCACCUCCAUACAUGUCCAACCGUCCAGUCGUCCUUAUUGAUAGUUUAAAUAUUUCCUUCCUCCUCUUUUCUUAAAGGAAACUAUAUGUACAUUGAAACGUCCUUCCCAAGAAGACCCGGCGACAAAGCCAAGCUUGUUCUUACUGUUCCGAACAACAGAGAAACGUCGUGUCUCUCAUUUUAUUAUCAUAUGUAUGGCGCUACAGUUGGAACUCUCAACGUCUACAGCGGAAACAGCAAAGUCUUUAAUAUUUCAGGACAUCAGAGUAAUAACUGGAUUAUGGUGGAGAGAAACAUAAUUCUGAAUGGACUGGUGAGAGACAAAAAAUUUUCUCUAGCGUGUUCUUAGUUAAGUCGAAUUAAUCGUCUGAACUAACUAUUCUUCCCUUUUAGUUUGAAAUCUUCUGACCCACCUUAUACAUACAUGCAUAACCCUCUCCCCCUCAUGGUGAAAACAGAUAAUAAUAGUGAUAAUAAUAAUGGUAAUCAUCAUCAUCAUCAUCAUCAUCAUCAUAAAUAAAUCAAUAGCAAGAAAAAUUCUUCUUGACGAUUAACCACCCGACUAUAACGAAGUUUUGCCAAAUAAUUCGCACUUUCUAACUGUAAACUAGCGAAAUAGCCGUCGUGAGAUGGUGGAAGGAAAGGAGAAGUGUAGGCUUGGUUUAUUACGCCAAUAAGCAUAUAGAAAGUGACAGGUGUAUUGCUGACUAAAACUCAACUCUUUUCGCAGGUAAUAUUCGAGGGGAUUGUAGGAAAUUCAUUUACGGGCGAUAUCGCGAUCGAUAGUGUAGAAAUAAACAGUGGAAUCUGUCCAGGUAAAAAUAAACCGAUAUGUAUCUGUAUAUUUUUAGCUUGCGUGUGGGUUCAUUUGUGCGAGUUCGUGGAAAACGACUUUUCCGCGAGCGCUGGCGGCUCCCUCCGCCGCCAAAAUGUUUUGCAGAAUUCGCACAAGUAAUCCUGCUCAUAGGCUAUAAAUCUUUUAAAACAUCAACAGCACUUUCACUUGAAUAUUCUCAGUUUAACCACACUUUUCCGCUCUCCUACUCAAACUUCGCGGUUUUGUUUACCACCUUGGUGUAACUCGUCUUUCGAGUUAUACCAUUCAUAUGUAUACAAUGGAACGAUCAUUCAAAUGAAAUGACACCUGCUUUAUUUACCUGAUUCUCUUUUAGUAUCCUGUAACUUUGAUAAUGGAUUGUGCUUCGGAUGUAGCCAGUCGAGGGAGGAUGUAUUUGACUGGACGUUGUACUAUGGUUCCACACCUUCGUGGGGUACGGGGCCCUCCUCGGAUCAUACAAGUGGAUCAGGUUUGAUGCCUUUUGAAAUUUACCUCUUAACAUUUUCUUAA